GCGGGUGGCUGGGCGGCGGGAGCGGGGUCCGCGGCGCAGGAUGGAGAGCCCGGCGGUGACCUUCACCUUGGCUUACCUGGUGUUCGCCGUCUGCUUCGUCUUCCCGCCCGACGAGGUGCGCUCGGCCGGCCUGACGGUGCAGAGCCUGCUGGCCGCCUGGCUGGGCAGCGAGGACGCGGCCUUCGUGCAGUACCACCUGCGGCGCAGCACCGGCACGUUGCUGGCGCACUCCCUGCUGCCCCUCGGUUAUUACCUUGGUAUGUGCUUCGCUGCACCUGAGAAACACCUUUGCUUCUUCUACCUGGCCUCAAAAGAAUGGAAAAUUUUCUUCUUCUUUGCUGUUCUCCUUCCAGCAGUCAGCAGCACCCUGGCGUAUUACUGGUCACGGAAAGGUUGGAAUAACCACCCAUUGGCCCGGACACUCGCUGUUUAUGCUCUGCCACAGUCAGGUUGGAGGGCAGUGGCUUCUUCCAUCAAUACAGAAUUUAGGAGAAUUGACAAAUUUGCCACCGGAGCCCCAGGAGCGAGGGUGAUUGUUACAGACACAUGGGUGAUCAAGGUAACCACCUACUGCCUACAUGUCGCCCAGCAGCAGGACAUUCAUUUGACUGUGACAGACUCCAGACAGCACGAACUCACACCGGACUCAAACAUGCCCGUGCAGUUCCUCACCAUCCGUGUUGCCAGUGUUAAUCCCUAUGUGAAGGCAUUUGAUAUCCGGCUGAACUCCACAGAGUAUGGGGAGCUCCGAGAGAAGCUACGUGCUCCCAUCAGCAAUGCAGCUAAUGUUGUGAUCCACCAAAGCCUUAGUGAUUUAUUUCUAGAAACUUUUACAUCUCUGGUGGAAAUGAACCAGACGUAUUCUGUUCCAAGCACUCAGGAGCUGGAGCCAUGCAUAGGAUGCAUGCAGACUAUUGCAAACAUCAAGCUCAUCAAGAACUGCCAAGAGCCAAAUGAAGGGGAAUGUCAGCAAUGCUACUGUCGUCCAAUGUGGUGCCUCACCUGCAUGGGCAAAUGGUUUGCCAGCCGACAGGACCAGCAGCACCCAGAGACAUGGCUGUCAAGCCACGUGCCUUGUCCAACUUGCAGAGCCAAAUUUUGCAUUUUAGAUGUUUGCAUAAUACGAUGAAUAACAUUUGGGUAUGUUCUAACUUUUUAAAUUUGUAUUUCAUCGUGGUUUUGGUCAAAAGGCCCAUUAGCAUUGUUUCUUAGACUUUGCAUUACACAGGAGUGCAAGCUCCAGAGCUCUGUUUUACAGCAUUGAAAAUGGAUGUACAUUUGCUCAGUUCUUCUCAAUUUUUACCUUUUGUCUUUGGUUUUUACACAUCAGAUGUCAGUUUCUGAAAGAUGUUGCUUGAAACGUUUAGUAAAAUUUUGCUUUCUAUGUCUUGGAUGGUAUAAAAUCAUCCUAUCCAUGUUUGCAAUACUGUUCUCUUUUUAACCUAGGUAUUUCUGACUCUUUCAUAAAGGGCUGAGAAAAUUA